ACUAUCGCUAGCAGUGCGUGUUUGGAUUGCGGUGUAUGUAGUCGAUAAAGACACGUUUCAUUUUCCUUGUGACCAGGACACAAUUCGUCGUGUGUAUCAGGACUGUGUGGCACUGAAGAUACAGGUCGACAUGACUGUGGCGCUCACUUAAACAUCGACAGCGACUGUAACCUGUCAGGAAUCUGCGUUAGUGUGAGAAAUUGGUGGUAACCAGGACUGCAUCUGUGUGGCUUUGGGGUAAUAAGUACUGAAUCUGUGUGGCUUGGUGGUAGCCAUUACUGAAUCUGUGUGGCUUUUCGGUAACCGGUACUGAAUCUGUGUGGCUUUUGGGUAACCGGUACUGAAUCUGCGUGGCUUGGGGGUAGCCAGUACUGAACCAGUGAGGCUUGGUGGUAGCCAGUACUGAAUCUGUGUGGCUUUGGGGUAGCCAGUACUGAACCAGUGAGGCUUGGUGGUAGCCAGUACUGAACCAGUGAGGCUUGGAGGUAGCCAGUACUGAACCAGUGAGGCUUGGUGGUAGCCAGUACUGAACCAGUGAGGCUUGGUGGUAGCCAGUACUGAACCAGUGAGGCUUGUUGGUAGCCAGUACUGAACCAGUGAGGCUUGGAGGUAGCCAGUACUCAAUCUGUGUGGCUUGGAGGUAACCAGUACUGAAUCUGCGUGGCUUGGUGGUAGCCAGUACUGAAUCAGUGACGUUUGGUGGUAGCCAGUACUAAAUCUGCGUGGCUUGGUGGUAGCCAGUACUGAAUCUGCGUGGCUUGGGGGUAGCCAGUACUGAAUCUGUGUGGCUUGGAGGUAGCCAGUACUGAAUCUGUGUGGCUUGGAGGUAGCCAGUACUGAAUCUGUGUGGCUUGGAGGUAACCAGUACUGGAUCUGUGUGGCUUGGAGGUAGCCAGUACUGAACCAGUGAGGCUUGGAGGUAGCCAGUACUUAAUCUGUGUGGCUUGGCGGUAGCCAGUACUAAAUCUGCGUGGAUUGGAGGUAGCCAGUACUGAACCAGUGUGGCUUGAUGGUAGCCAUUACUGAAUCUGCGUGGAUUGGAGGUAGCCAGUACUGAACCAGUGUGGCUUGGUGGUAGCCAGUACUGAAUCUGUGUGGUUUGGGGGUUACCAGUACUUAAUCUGUGUGGCUUGGUGGUAGCCAGUACUGAAUCUGCGUGGAUUGGAGGUAGCCAGUACUGAAUCUGUGUGGUUUGGUGGUAGCCAGUACUGAAUCUGUGUGGCUUGGGGGUAGCCAGUACUGAAUUUGUGUGGCUUGGUGGUAGCCAGUACUGAAUCUGUGUGGUUUGGUGGUAGCCAGUACUGAAUCUGUGUGGUUUGGUGAUCACAAGUGCGGCAUCAGGGUAUCUGUUGAGGUAACCAGUGCGACAUCAACAUAGCUGUGGAGGUGACAGUGCGACAUCAGGGUAACUGUGGAGGUAACCAACGCUGCACCUGCGUAUCUCUGGAGGUAACUAGCACAGCACCUGUGUAACUGUGGAGGUAGCCAGUGCGGCAUCGACAUAGCUGUGGAGGUGACAGUGCGACAUCAGGGUAACUGUGGAGGUAACCAACGCUGCACCUGCGUAUCUCUGGAGGUAACUAGCACAGCACCUGUGUAACUGUGGAGGUAACUAGCACAGCACCUGUGUAACUGCUGAGGUGACAGUGCGGCAUCAACAUAGCUGUGGAGGUGACAGUGCGACAUCAGGGUAACUGUGGAGGUAACCAACGCUGCACCUGCGUAUCUCUGGAGGUAACUAGCACAGCACCUGUGUAACUGUGGAGGUAACUGGCACAGCACCUGUGUAACCAACGCAACCAGUAUGGCAUCUUCUUAACUGUGUGGUGACCUAGACAUAGUCUGUGUGAAAAACUGUGACUCAAUAAGGCACAUGUGUAACUUUGGAGGCAACCAUUUCGCCGUCUAUGUAACGUUGGAAGUUCCCAAUACGAUAUCUAUGGAACUGAAGGUAGCCAGUUCGGCAUCUGCUUAACUGUGUGGUGACCAGUACGACAUCUGGAAGAUUGUCAGACAUAGUGCGUCUCAUCCUUAUGCUGUGUGUAUUACUGUGACUUAAUCUGGCAUAUGUGUAACUUUGGAGGCAAAAAUUUCGCAUGUCACUUUUUAUCCUAGAUAUAUGUAUAUGAUUGUGUACAACUAAAUAAUGUUUGGCUGUUUGUGAAAUGAUAGGUAAGGAAUCGUUUUAGUUCUUGAGGAGGUACCAGGAAAAGGAGAAGGUUACAAAUAAGACACAUCACGGUCGGUAGAUGAUGACGUCAGAGACACUGCUUGCCCUCCUGUUGGUGGGUUGUCUAGUUAGUAUUUAUACCAGCAGCGGGGAGAUUCCUAAUCCUUAUGGAAGGCCAUGUUAUGAAAACCUUUGUUGGUGUCGUAAUAACACUGCUAAUUGUAGUGGUAAUCACGACCGUUUAACAUAUAUUCCUAAACUGAGAAGUGAGUGUGCUAUUACAAUUUUUCUCUUUCAAAAUAACUACCUUCCGUAUAUCGGACACAACACUUUUGAAAACCUCACUACAUUAAACCUAAAGCAUCUUAAUCUUGUACACAGCAAUAUAUCCCAUGUAUCUGAACAGGCCUUCAGGAAAUUGACCAAGUUACAAAGCCUAUCACUAAGUCAUAACCCUCUCAUUCUCACAAAACUUGCCGCUGCUUUUCAUUCAUUGGCUUCUACUUUAAGUUACAUCUAUCUCAAUCACAUUGGCAUCAGCGACUCGGAUCUUGAAGAGAAUCUACUGAAGGGUCUCCAAAAAAGCCCAAUAACAGGGAUCCAUCUUGUUGGAAACAAUUUGGCCAAAUUUAACUUUAGCCACUUUUCUGGGUUUCCUGAACUGACAACUUUGAAUCUUAAUAGCAACACGAUUAGAAUAUACCCAGAUAACUUCAAUCGGGUAUUUUCCAAGACACUGGCUUCACUGUGGAUAAGUCAUAAUAAUAUUACAUCGAUGCCUGAUUUCUGUUCCAAUGGUAAAUCUGCCUUCCCUAACCUGUACACCCUUCGAAUUGGUUACAAUCAGAUUUCGUAUCUGAAUAAGAGUAGUUUCGGUUGUUUGAGAAUGUGUACAGGACUGUGUCUGACUCAUUUGCAUAUAUCGGGGAACCCCAUUCAGGUGAUAGGUAGUGAGACCUUCAGUUCAUUUAAGAGUCUUCAAAAGCUUAUUAUGAAACAGUUGUCAUCUCCUCAGACUGAUAUUGAUGACGAGGCAUUCAUUGGAUGCAACAGUCUCAACCACCUUGACCUCUCCGAUAAUAACAUCACCGCAGAAAAACUUGAUCACCUUUUGCGACCAUUACACAAAACAUUGAACUAUUUGAACUGCACCAACUGCAGCUUACAAAAAAUGCCUGAUGUCAUAUCGGACCUGGCUGAACUGAAGGACAUUUUUCUAGGUUAUAAUGACAUCAGUUUCAUACGUAAGAAUAUGUUUGUCAACAACAUAAAGCUUCUGAAUAUGUCAUUAUGUCACAACAAUCUCAGCUAUUUGCUUAUACCGAACUCCAUACGGAGUCGUCUCGUCUAUGCCAAUAUCGAAGGCAAUCCCUUCAAUUGUGACUGUGACUUACUUUGGUUGAGAAAUUGGCUUGUCAAAGCCCGAAGUUUGUUCAGCCGUCGUUUAUCCUUUUAUACUUGUUUUAGCCCUCCGGAAACUAAAGGGCAGAGACUGGUGGAUGUUCAAUCUGUGACGUACUAUGAAUGCGUCUAUGAUAGAAAGUAUGUCUUUCUAGUAGUUGGUGUUGUUGUUGCUGUACUGAUGUGUCUUUUAUGUUUCGCUCUGGGAUACAAGUGGAGGUGGGAUAUCCGCUACUUUCUAGUUUGGAAAAGGAGGACACGUAGCUCCUCAUCUGAAUCCAUACCUCUCCUGAUGAGUGACGUCUACCUUCUGUACUCGGAUGAAGACUUCGUGUGGGUCAGACAUCAAGCAUUGCCCAACUUGGAGGACAAAGGUCGUUUGAGGAUUUGUUUCCGUUCACGGGAUUUUGAUCCUAAGAUUCACAUCAUGGACAGCAUUGUGAAGAAUCUUAAUGGCUGUCGGAAGGUUCUCAUGAUCGUGUCCACUAGCUUCUGUAAGGACAUUGGGUGUCAGUUCGAGCUGUCCUUGGUACAGAAACGCUUAGAGGACCCCCACGAGGCGUUUGUUGUCGUCCUAUUGGAGGACAUCGAUGAUAGGUAUAUGUCCGAGUUUCUAUCCCGUCUACUACAAGAUUGUAGGGUCAUGACCUGGUCUGGGCGUGGUGGGAAUGAAGAUGAAUUUUGGAAUCAAGUCCUGUUGAUGCUAAAUAGGUCAGACGAAUUACACACAAUGUAACUACAAUUUCAUUUGGACAAAAGAAGGUGGAGUUCUUUAAAUAUCUUGUAACAGUUUCCUUUCUGUAUUCUACCCGUGAAGAUCCGGGGUAGAAUAGGUCUUCAGCAACCCAUGCUUGCCGUAAAAGGCGACUACGUGUGUCGUAAGAGGCGACAAACGAGAGUGGGUGGUCAGGCUCGCUGACUUGGUUGAUGCAUGUUAUCGAUCAUCGAUACUUUAAUUUUGUAUCCAAUCUUUAUCAAUUGUCUAUGUUUUCGUUAUACUGAGUCUAGAGUGAAAAUGAACAUUGGACCGCUUUCAAUUAUUGUCCAAAUUAUGCUUUGUUUUCACAUGCUUUGUUAUGUUAGUGGUGUUAGUUGUAAAAGGUUCUGCACACAUAUAAAUACGUUUCCAAUUACAUGAGAUUACAUGAGAUUCGAAUCCAUGAUCAUUGGAUCAUGACACUGCUAAGGGAGGUAAUUAGGUACAGCGACAUCCGAUGCCUUAGCCAUAUCUCCUUGGCGCCGUGAACGAUGUCCAAAUGGAAAUUAGAAGUCACAGCGUGGUAUUCACACUGACAUUGUAAGGGAUAUGUUAGUGUUACUUUCAGACGGAUGUUGUGAAAACGUGGCCAUGGCUGGUACACUGUAACAACAUGUACCAUAUCUCAUAAAAGCAAUGCUAAAUGGGUAACUAGGUCCAGUGCUGCUGGGGUAGCCUAGCUGAAACAUUCUCUCGUCAAACCUCUCAUGUACAAUGUGUGAAAUCCAUUUGGCAUUUUGAAAUAUUACAGGUAAACAAUAGAAAAGGAAGCGUAAAACCUAAUUCUCUAAUUAACUGAAACCACAGGUAUUUUAAUACCGUGUUCCAAAUCAGAAUGUCUUCGAAACGAUAAAUCAGAUGGAGUACUUUAAUCUGAGAUUCCUGUCUGUUGUCUACUGGCAAAGUUGGACAUUAUACCGCUUAACGUGACGGUGCUUUCAGAAACGCAUAGCUGCGAUUUUACUGUGUGGGAUGGAGAUAUUCCCGGAAUUAUAUUUUACAAUUAGUUUUGCUGAUCAAGCUUCUUGUGUAUUAUUUGCGAUCUAUUAAAAGAAUGUCUCCAACUUAAAA